AACAGGGGAGGGUAUAAAAGGGGCAGCACUUGAGGAAGAGACUUGUUUUUGUUCGAGCAGUUGCAGCAGCAUACAAGGGAGAAGACAUCUUUUACAGGGAUUGGGUGAGAAGAGGCAGAGCGGGGGAUGUGGGCGUGGCUAAGCCUGCUCCUCGCUCUCGGCCUGCUCCAUGGGGGCGGGGCUGAGAGUGAGGGAGGGGGGCCGCGCUGCCAGACGCCCCCCUCUUGGAAGAUCGGAGAGGUGGAGCCCAUGAAGGAGGCUAUGGGCAAGGUGACUGUGGUGGCACUAUUCCAAGCCAGCUGACUCUUCUGUCUGGUGCAGGCUGGCAGAAUGGACGGCCUGCGCCAGAAGCUGGAGAAUCAGGGACUAACCAAUAUAGUGUACAUGGUCAUCAACCACCAGGGGGCGCAAGCACAGCGCCUUCAUCCACUUCUGGCAGAGAAACUGACAGCGAACAUCGCACUGUACAAACAGGCAGAGGACCAGCCUGAUGUGUGGCAGACACUGAAAGGAGAGAAGGACGACUUCUUCAUUUAUGACAGAUGUGGACGCUUGACUCAGCACAUUUCCCUUCCAUAUUCCAUCAUUGGACAAGGUCAUGUUGAGAAAGCUAUUCGAGACACCUACUGCACACGUGUCUGUGGAGACUGCACUAAUGAGAGUUCAGACAUCCCAGCGGAGUGCAGAGAGAGUCCAACUGAGGCUCAACCAGAGACCGACGCUGCCCCAGCUGUUGACCAAGACACACGACACCAUGGGCAUCACCAUGGGCAUCACCACGGCCAUCACCAUGGCCAUCACCACGGUCACCACCACGGCCACCAUCACCACGGCCCUCCUCCAUUGGAUCGCCAUGAUGGCCAGGAGCAGCACCAUGGUAACCAGCAGCAAGUUAGCCAGCAGGGUCAGAGUGAUUUCGACCUUAGCCAGUUGCAGCAGGUGGUACAGGUAGAGCUGGAGCCUCAGGUCAUGCACAGACCCUGAGCUACAGAGAAAGCCAAAUGAAAGUCAAAGCACAGCUGACAGUGGACAGCCAAUUCUGACAAUGAGGCUGCUCCCAAAGCCAGCUGAUGCUGACACUGACGAAGGCUGUUUGGCGACGGUGGGACCGGGGUCGAGCAGCAGCAGCCCGUGGGCUUGUGACACUGUCAGGACGCCCUGCCGGCCUCCUGACGGUGACACGGGCUAACGGCGAGUGGUGAGUUCAACACUGUCACUGAGAACUGACAGUGACGAGCACCCCCUGCUGACUGACCAUCGCCACAGCCAGCAGCCCCCUGAGCCUGACCCGCACAUGUGCAGAGCUGAGAAUGACAGCACAUGUAAAUUAGCUACUUCAAAGUCUUGCUAAUUUUUAACACCAGCUCUGAACAUUGUGAGUCAUCUUGGCUCAUUUUACCAACUAGUAUUACUCUGAGAGAGGAUGGAGGGACUCACAAUCAUCUUCAAAAGAGGUAUGACUUUACAAUAACCCAACUAUUACUAAUUACUGAGGAACUUCAAAUACACAAUUUAGUUAUGGUCAAUUAUCAAUUUAUACAAAACAACGCAAUGUACAAAUAAAGGAGAAUGUUAUAGCCUAAUUGGUUUGUCAAAAAUUACUGUUCAAAAAUAAAUCAACAUUGAAAUGACAUUGUCUUAAAUGUAAUGUCAGUUUCCAUAGCAGUAUAUAGUUCUCCGUUAUAUUAUAGGAGACUUACUGUAAAUUGAAAUAUUUUUCACAAACUAAUUACUAUCCUGGGUUCCUCCAAUCCUUUCUCAGCAGUGUAACUUAUUAUUGUUAUGUUCAGAGGUUAGGUUUUUCCAUAUUGCUCUCUCCUUCGUCUAUGAAGGCAGAUGCAGAAACUACGCUCUAGUGGCGUCUGUCUGAAAUUUGGAAGGAAAAAGCGGAGAUUCUUAAACAUGAACAUGGUCAAUAAAAGAAAUAUAUCAAUAUGAAUGGAUUUUUAAAAGAAAAAUGUGUGAAUCUAAAGAACUACAUCAAACUAUAUACACAUUAUAAACCAAAAUGUGGAAUGAAUGGUGUUUUGAAGUCACAUCACUCCUAUGUUAUGUUACAUCUUGCAUUUGUCACCUACAUUCCUUUUAUCUUGAGUAUGUUUUAGGUUUUUAUAGCAGUUUGCACUCAGUAAGUUCCUUUACGAGAUUAAAAUACGUGAAGACUCCAGUGUGUGGAAAAGUUGAAGGAAAAGUGUGGAGACAUAUACAGUUGGAAUACUUUCUGUACUUUAUGAUGAUUUGUGGGGAAAGACCAAAAAAGUCAACCUGUAAAUCUGAUGUCUGUGCAGAAAAGUGUUUUGUGUGAAAGUUAAAAUUGAAAAAGAAGUGUUGAAUAAAGUGCUGGAGGAAUUCUAA